AUGGGGAAAACUUCGCGCGUCCGAGCCGGGCCGCCCCUCGCUGGGCGCCGCGCCGCUGCCCGCGCGGGCCGGGCCGCCUCGAGCUCCCGGGCCGCCCCGCGGCGGGGGGCGGAGUGUGCGGGCCGGGGUGGAGCGGCCGGCGGGCGGGGGGAGCCGGGGCCUCUCGGCCGCUCCCGCCCCCGGGAAGGCCGCGCGCAGCCCCGGGCCGGGCGGAAGGCGCCUCGGCGCCGACAGCCAGCGGGCCGGAGCGCGGGCUCCGCCGCCACCCGAGCCGCCCCGUUACCGCAGCGGCGGCGACGACCGCGGCCGUGUUGUUGCUGCCAACUUGUCGGGCGGCUACUGAGCAUGCGCGCGCGGAGACCACAUCCGGGAUAAGAAGAAUGCAGAGUUUUCAUCUUCUCCUAGACUGGAGACCCACCUUUAGCUCUGCCCAUGGAAGAAGAAAUGGAACAGAAUAAUAAUGUGAAAAGGAUCCAGCAGCAGAAAGCUC